AUGCAGAUCUUCGUGAAGACCAUCACCGGGGCAACUCUCACGCUCGACGUCGAGAGCAGCGACACGGUCGACAGCGUCAAGGCCCAGAUCCAUGACAAGGGAGGAAUCAUCGUCACCUCCGACACCGACGACGACGACGACGACGACCAGCAUCAGCUACCUUCUCUCGUCUACGCCGGGAAGGAGCUCGAGGCGGAGGACGGCCGAACGCUGGCCGACUACGGCAUCUGCAAGGAGUCGACGCUGCACCUCGCGCUCGGUCUCCGCGGCGGGAUGCAGAUCUUCGUGAAGGCCAUCACAGGGGAGACUCUAACGCUCGAGGUCGAGAGCAGCGACACGGUCGACAUCGUCAAGGCCUAG